CAAAGAAGUAAUCGUGACAACAAAGAAAGUGAUUAAAAAUAUUUACAGUUUUACAAACAAGCAAGCUUUGCCUUCCUGCAUAAUUGCAAACAACAAAGAAUAUACUAAGUACUCAAGGAUAAUGAAAAUAACCUUAAAAUGUAUUCAUUCCCAGUCUUCAUAGUACUGGGCCUGAUUAUCCAUAUAUUGGGGACUUCCGCGAACCUGCAAGUCGCUGAAAGUUCAAGUGAAAAGUAUGACGAGAAAUACAUCAUUCCGAAGAGCAUAAACAAAAUUGUUGAAGACUUCUUCCAGGAAAUGGAGAAAUCUGAAGGAGUUAUGGCCAAGGACCAUCUUGAAAACAACCCAGUUGCGCGGAAUGAAUUAAUGAAAUCUGUUGUAAAGGAUUCAGAAAUACAACCGUCUAAUCCUGGACGCCACUUCAUAACGAAUGUCUUAGUUAUUUACCCAGUACACGAGCAAAAAGAUACAGUGCCAAAUUUUGAUUUCAAAGACUCUUUAUCACACCCAAAGAAUAUAAUACCAAAAAUAAAUGAAGAAAAAUUAGUUAAUGGUAUUAGUAAAAGUGAGGUUGAAGACAAAAUUUUAAUACCCUAUAAGAUAGAGCAGCCAAAAGGAGAGGAAGCUCAAGCAAACCAACAACAAAUAGCUAUAAUGAAACAACAACAGUUAAUGGAAACUAUCAAACAAUACAAUCAAGAGCAGAAAGAACUCAGUAGAGAGCAGAAAGAAAUUCUAACCGAAUUAAAAUUACAAAAAGCAAAUAAGGAAUUCCAACAAAAUAAAGAGGACAUAGACAAAAUCAAAGCCAAGAAGAUCCCUGUUGAUAAUAUACAGAAAAUAGCUAACAUUCCGAAUCAGAGUUUAAGUGGUGUUCCGUAUAAACCAGUAGAUGUCAACACUGAGAAAGAAACUGUAGAAAAUACAGUGAAUGAAGCUGUUAAUAAUAUUGUUCAGAAAGCACAGAAAAUUUUAGAUGCCAUUCAACAAGUUGAUAAGAAAAAGAAUGAACGACUUGAGAAGGAAAAAAAUGUUAGUAGGUAAUAAGUUAUCAAUAAUGUACCUUAACUACCUCUUAAAGAUAACACUGUUCAUUAAGUAAUGUUCCAAUACAACAUUCUGGUCACAACAGAAUGUUGUAAAUAUUAACUUAGAUAAACACGGUAUUAAAAGAGAAGUUCCAGGCAGUAAUAAAUUAGAUAUUAAUAAUUAAUUUGCAACAAAAAUCAAAGGAAGAACCGGAAAGCAAUCCUUUAUCCUGUCAAGAAUAUACUAAAAUCAAUUGAACUUAGUGGAAAUAACUUAGAAGUGCCUAUUAAAUCUUUAUUGAUUAACGAAAUAAAAAUUUGUGAUUUAAAAAAUAUCACUGACUGAAUAUUUAUUGGAAACUUGUUUUUAGUGAUUACUGGUAGGAUGAUUAUAAAUAAAAAAACGUCUGUUACUGU